AGUAGGCAGACACGAGAAGCCCAAGAUGGACAAUCGAAUAGCGAUGAUGCUGUUCUUUACCCUCCUUAUUCUUGCAUCAUCUUCCUGUCAGAGAGAAGAUAACCAGAUACUCACCUCUUGCUGUGGGGCUCCUGGAAUCCCAGGGGUUCCCGGAACACAUGGCACCAUAGGGGGCCCAGGGAGAGAUGGAAGGGAUGGAAGGGAUGGAUCCCCAGGUGCAAGUGGAUCAAAGGGCGACUCUGGAGAGCCAGGCAUGUCAGGUGCUCGUGGUCUGCUGGGUGCUACUGGUCCUAGUGGUGCACAAGGCAAUAAGGGUGAGCAAGGAGACUGUGCUGUUCCUCCACGUUCAGCUUUCAGUGCUAAACUUUCUGCAUCCCGCAGCCCCCCUAUUCCUGGACAACCAGUACCAUUUGGUAAAGUCUUGGCAAAUGAACAAGGACAUUACAAUCCAGAAACCGGCCGUUUCAUCUGUGUUGUGCCUGGUCUUUAUUACUUUUCCCUCCAUGGCACUGUCUACCGUGGAUCACUGCAUUUGCAACUAAUGAAGAAUGGGCACCCACAGGCCUCAUUUUUCCAGCCAGGUGAUGGAACCAGGCCAGGAAGCCUGUGUGGAGGUGCUGCUUUGCAUCUGGAGCCUGGAGAUGAAGUGUGGGUCCAGCUAGGAGAUUAUCCAGGGCUUUAUGCAAGUGAUGGAACAGACAGUGUCUUUACUGGAUUUCUCAUAUACUCUGACUGGGAUCCACACCCUGUAUUUAGUCCUUUGAAAUCUCCUGAUCUCUAAGUUAUCAUUCAUUUCCUUUUGGAAUUUUCAGGAAAUAAGGUGAAUCUAACGACAUACAUCUCAUUUUCUGUAGCUGUCUGACAGAUGCUAAUGGAGCAAUCUUCUCUCGCUGUUCAUGCAAUGAGGAUUGCUUUUUUGGCUCCCAAGCAAUAGAAGUGAUCUAGUUAGAAUCCACUCACCUGAUCUAGG